UGUCCGUGCACUCUACAGAGUUUUCAGAGCUCCUAACCUCUGAGAAACCAAUGCUACGCUGGUUAUCCACGAUGCAUUCCCAAAAACUCUCCUUGCCAGCGAUUUAUUGUUAAACAGACACUUUUGGAGAGCAAAAAUUCCCGCUAAGCUAGUCGUGUAUCAAGUGCAAUAAUAGUUCAAUUAUAGUUUCGAUAGCAACUCAACAAUGAAAUACAUAACCUACAUUGUUAUCAAUUGCUGUGAUCCCCAUCCAUGCUCUCAGCACUGGAGUACAUUAUAAAUCCAGGGUAGUGAGAUGGCCUUUCCCUUAAACGAUCAAGUCUACACGAAGUCUUUCACCCCGCGAGAGUACCAGGUGGAAUUACUCUACACCGCUAAACAGAGAAAUAUCAUAAUAUGUCUAGGAAAAUACACAGAACAAACAUUUAUCGUAACAAAAUUAAUUCAGGAGUAUGCGACAGGAAAUCGAAGUCCAGUCCGCUCCUCCCAGAGAAUUGUUUACCUACUAGAUAACGAAGAGUCUUGUUCCCUGAAAUCUAGUUAUAUCGAGCAAUUGACAGACUUGAAAGUAUCACUCAUCAAUUCCACAAUCAGGGAGAAUGAAUUCACGCACAAUUUUGCAACGGCGAACGUCAUCGUCACGACGAGCCAGAUUUUUCACCAAUUGGUCAAGACGAAAGCGAUCUCUGGGGAGCAGAUUAGUUUAUUGAUUUUCGAUCAGUGCCAGUUGUUGAUUAAGAAUGAGGAGAUUGGGGACUCUCUGGGGAUCCUGAGGGGGUCCCUAGGGAGUGAAGGAUUGAGGGUGAUUGGUUUGGCGAUUCCUUUGUUGGAUCUCACGGAGGAGCCUGGAAGACUGAGCUUGGAGAUUAAUCGGUUGGAGAGAACCUUUAAAUGUGAUGUAGAGACGACUAGUGAUAUUUUAUCAAUUUUAAGAUACAGCCCGAGACCAAAAGAAUACAUAAUAGAAUUCGACACAUCGCCCACGGGGGCCCUCCAGUCCGCCCUCCAAACGGUGGCGCUGGACGCGAUGACCUUCCUAGACGACCACAGAUACGACCCCACCGAGAUCUACCAGGACGAGUUCCUCGAGGACAUCCAGAAGAUCCCAGACCCAACGGAGAAGCCCCAAGAGAUGCUCCAGGACUUCCUGACAAUCCUAGAGACCCUGGGUCCCUGGUGUGCCGACCGUGCCGCCCUCUCCCUGCUCACCCUCUCCGAGAAACUAAAGAUAAAAACCCCCUACGAGCGUCACUACCUCCUCCUCAACCUCGUCGGCUCCGUGAUGAUAAAGAUCCGUGCCCUCUGCGACCUCGAGUUCUCCUCGAUACCCGAGAAGACCCGAGUCUACACCUACUCAACAUCAAAAGUCCACCGCCUCCUGGGUGCCCUGAAGACGUACGCCCCCCUGUACAAAAAGUCCUCCGACAGUCCCGAGAAAAUACCCCGAAGAAACAAUCGUCUCCAGGAGACAAUCACUUCCAAGCCCAAUCACUCCCAGUCGAGCUCCCACCCUGAGGAGCCCAACGUCCCCAACAAACGAGGCAGAUACCAGAGGACCUUCCGAGGCAUGACAGACCCAGACGUCCUCUGCGGGGUGAUCUUCGUGGACAAAAGUUUCACAGCAAAAAUACUCUUCUACCUCCUGAACGAAGUCUCAAAACACGACGAAGACCUGAGCUUCCUGUCGCCCCUGUACACAAUCGAGAAGAACACCGACGACUCGAGUUACUCACGAGACCCUGAGGCGGAGCACAAGAAGCAGGAGGAGGUGCUAAAGCGCUUCAGAAUCCACGAAUGCAAUCUCCUGGUGGCGACAGCUGUCCUGGAGGAAGGAAUAGAGAUUCCAAAAUGCAACUUUGUGAUGAGAUACGACUUCCCCAGGACGUACCGAUCCUACGUGCAAUGCAAGAGCCGAGCCAGGGCGACAGACGCCCUCCACAUACUACUGAUAUCGAACACAAGUGCUGGGGAGUCAAUCUGGCAGCUGGCGCAGUACCACUACAUCGAGAAAAUUCUCCUGGAGAAGUGCACGAACGAGGAGCCCAGGGAGGACGACGAGAGCGAGGCUGACAAGUACUCCUCGAUGAUCCCAUGUUACCAGCCACUGAAGAGUGAAAAUGGCCCUCUGGUUACGUUUAACUCUGCGAUAUCCCUGGUGAACAGAUACUGCGCUAAACUCCCCAGUGACACGUUCACGAGGCUGACACCAGAGUGGUCGAUAAUUGAAUUGAAAUUGAAGGAGGGGACGAUGUACUCGUGCUCCCUGAGGCUUCCCAUAAACUCCCCCUUGAAAUACGUGAUAACCUCCCACCCAAUGCCCAAUAAAGCGAUGGCCAGGAGACUGGCAGCCCUGCAGAUGUGCAUUAAUCUCCACAAAGAGAACGAGAUAGACGACAAUUUACUGCCAAUUGGAAAGGAGAACUUCAAAGCGAGACCUGAGGACGUGGAGGUGCCAGCACUGCCCGACGAAAUCAGGUCUGAGUACUCGGAGGCUCGACCUGGCACCACAAAACGUCGUCAGUACUACUACAAGAAGACUGCUGAGGCUCUCACCGACUGCAGACCGACUGUUGGAGUCCCCUCGUACCUCUACCACAUCAAGAUGAUCCUCAGUUGUCCUCUGCCUGAGGAGCAGAACACCAGGGGCAGGCGGAUAUACCCCCCAGAGGAGUCAGACAUUGGCUUCGGGAUUCUCACGCUGAAGAAGAUCCCCAAGCUCAGUCCUUUCCCCAUUUACACUCGUUCUGGCGAGGUCCAGGUGGAGCUGAAGCUCAGCAAAAACACUGUUGUCUUGGACUCCAUUCAGAUUGAACGGGUCUCGACGUUCCUCAACUACUCAUUCACGAAUGUCCUCAAGCUGCAGAAGUACCUCAUGAUCUUCGAUCCGAACGCCUCCGAGAACUCCUACCUCAUAGUUCCUGUUGUCAAGGGUAAGUCGAAGGGGGUGGAGGACAUAAACGUCGACUGGAACUUCCUCCAGCUGAUCUACGAGAACAGGAACACGAUUCCGAGUGAAGUUGGGGAGAAGGAGAGGGAGAAUUUUCAGUUCGACGCCUCCAGGUACAACGACGCUGUGAUAAUGCCCUGGUACAGGAACCAGGACCAGCCCCAGUACUUCUACGUUGCUGAGAUAUGCAGGAAUUUGAGCCCCAAAUCGUCGUUCCCUGGGGAUGGCUACAGCACCUUUGAGGAGUACUACUCAAAAAAAUAUGGCAUCAAGAUUCAGAACAGGGAUCAGCCGCUUCUCGACGUGGACCACACGUCAGCCAGACUGAAUUUCCUGACCCCCAGGUAUGUGAACAGAAAGGGAGUGGCUCUGCCCACCAGCAGUGAAGAGACCAAAAGAGCUAAACGAGAGAAUCUCGAGCAGAAGCAGAUCCUGGUGGCUGAACUCUGCGCCAUCCACCCAUUCCCAGCUUCUUUGUGGAGGCAGGCUGUCUGCCUGCCUUGCAUACUAUACAGAAUAAACGCUCUGCUGCUGGCGAAUCAGAUAAGGUGCCAAGUGGCCCAGAUGAUGAACCUGGGACUGCAGCAUCUCUCCGAGGAUUUCGAGUGGCCACCCCUGAAUUUCGGUUGGAGCCUUGCCGAGGUCUUGAAGAAGUCCAAGGAGGUGAAGAAGGUCGAACCUGAGGAGCCUAGAGAGCCCCGUAAAUCCCCAACACCUGAGAUCAUCGAGAGGAGACCCAUGAGGAUGAUCAUCGAGGAUGUGACAGAUCUCCUUGAGGACGAGGACGGAGAUGCUGAUAAACUGGAGAUUGGAACGUGGUCCAAUGACAUGGCUGUGGAGUCCAUGUGCAUGGAUUACGAGGCAAUGUCCAACAAUGUCACUGUUCUCCCACCCCAGUUUGGGUGGAACAGUGAUGGGAAUGGGGUCAGGUGCGGCUCCCCCACGUUCGAUCAGUCAGACACUUAUGGGUAUUACUCUGAUGACUCGUACAGUGACGAUGGGUUCGUCGAGUCUUCCGAGGAUAGCGAGGACGAGAAGAAUCGAGGGAUCAGGAUAUCGUACACUGGGGAAAAUACUGCGGAAGCUGUUGAGGACGAAUCCAAGCUCAAGAAGAUUAAUAUCAAUAAGAAGAUCUUGACUUUGUUCAAUGACUCUGAGAGAAAACUCUAUAACUCGAGGUUUUUGUUUAAAUCCGGGGAAAAUGACAGCUGUGAUGAGUCUCUGUUUGCUGAGCACAAGAGGCUGCACUUCGAUUACGCUAGGAAACGUGAGGCUGAGAUUAUUGUCGAUGGUUCGUUCAUCAAAAGUGAUAGAGAAAUAGUAUUUAAUCAUGGCCAGAAGGGCCUGAAGGCGUCGGGUGCUGAUGAUUUAGGGUUUAAUUCGACGUUGGAGCACUGUGAGCAUGUGAGGAGAGUGGCUGAGGAGAUUACGAGGGAGAUUGAGAGGGAGAAAUUGGCCGGUGAUUCGUUUUAUUUUAAAAGUCAGGGUAAUAGUAACAACAUUCCAACACCUGGGUUGUAUGACGCGGUGGAGGUGAACUUUAGCUUUGAUUAUCAGCCGGAACUCAGGGGACAUCCGGGGCCAAGUCCUAGUCUUAUUCUUCAGGCUCUUACCAUGUCCAAUGCCAAUGAUGGGAUCAAUCUGGAGAGGCUGGAGACCAUUGGGGAUUCUUUUCUUAAAUAUGCCAUUACUACGUAUUUGUACUGUACGUAUCCGGUGAUUCAUGAGGGGAAGCUCAGCCAUUUGAGAUCGAAGCAGGUCAGCAAUUUAAACCUGUACCGCCUGGGGCGUCGAAAAAUGCUAGGCGAGAGUAUGAUAGCCACAAAAUUCGAGCCGCACGACAACUGGCUGCCGCCGUGCUACUACGUUCCCCGUGAGCUCGAGCAGGUGUUCAUAGAGUCCGGAGUGCCCUCGAGCCUCUGGAACCAGGCUCAAGACCUCCACUCCCUGCAGCCAACCCUCGACAUAAGUGAGAUCACACAACUAAUUCGCGACACUGAGUACAAACUGAGAAUACUGAGAAUGGAGCUGGAUAAGAACGAGAAUCGUCUCACAGAGGACCCGCAGAUCCCCGACACCCAGCACUGCUCGAUCCCCUACAACUUGAUCACCCAGCACAGUAUCCCAGACAAGAGCAUAGCUGACUGUGUGGAGGCCCUGAUAGGGGCUUACUUGAUAGCCUGUGGGCCCAGAGGAGCCCUGCUCUUCAUGGCCUGGCUGGGAAUCCACGUUCUACCAACACUAGAGGUCACUCUAGUCCAGGAGAAUGAGCCAUUGGAUCACCACCCAGGUAGCACGCCCUACGUCAGGAGCAUGGACCCCUCUGGGAGGACAACGUGGUCCCAAACUCGAUAUGGAAAGCUCGAGGAGCCCAGGAACCCCCUCCUCAGGCACGUGCCAGACCCAGAGAACGAGCUGUCCCUGAUGCUGGAUGGCUACGACAAACUCGAAGAGAGCAUUCACUACAAGUUCAAGGACGCCAGCUACCUCCUCCAGGCCUUCACCCACGCAUCAUAUCAACCCAACAGGCUGACUGACUGUUAUCAACGUCUGGAGUUCCUCGGGGACGCAGUACUGGACUACCUGAUCACCAGGCAUCUCUACGAGGACACGAGGCAGCACUCCCCAGGGGCCCUGACCGAUUUGAGGUCUGCCCUGGUGAACAACACGAUCUUUGCUUCACUCGCUGUGAGGUGCGGCUUCCACAGGUACUUCAGGCAUCUCUCCCCGGGUCUCAACGUCGUUAUAGACAGAUUCGUGAGGAUUCAGGAGGAGAAUGGCCAUUCCAUCAGUGAGGAGUAUUAUUUAAUUGGGGACGAGGAGGCUGAAGAGGCUGAGGAUGUCGAGGUGCCCAAGGCUCUUGGGGAUGUCUUCGAGUCUCUGGCUGGUGCUAUUUAUCUCGACAGUGGAAUGUCCCUGGAUGCUGUCUGGAGUGUCUACUACAGAAUUAUGAAGACUGAGAUUGAACAGUUCAGUACUAAUGUGCCCAAAUCACCGAUUCGUGAGCUUCUCGAGCUUGAGCCGGAGACUGCUAAAUUCGGAAAGCCUGAGAAGCUCGCUGAUGGACGCAGAGUGAGGGUCACUGUCGAUGUCUUUGGGAAAGGAUCCUUCAAGGGCAUCGGGAGAAACUACAGGAUAGCCAAGUGUACUGCUGCUAAGUGUGCUCUUAAGAAACUCAAGAAAAUGCAAUCAUCUUCCCAAAGACAAAAAAUUUGAUACAUCUAGGUUAUUUUUUAAUGGAACAUUUGAAUGAAUCGUGAAUUUUGUAACUUGAGAUUACUUUUCUAUUUCUUUGCUCCUGCCUGGUCUUUUCAUUAGUUGGAAAGUAUUACAUAUUUUCUCGGUUUAUUCGGGAAUCAAUACGUAUUGGAGUGUAUAAAAAAAUUACAAUGAGUGAGAAAUUGUUUACAAUACAGGUUUUGUUUAUAUCG